AUGGGGUUCUUUCGUUGGCCUCGGUACAAGGGAAGCGCCUCUUCCUCUAAACCCACAAAGCCGUCCCCCCAGAUCUCAAAUACCUUCGGCCCUCCAAAGCUUCCCAUUGACGUCCAUGAUGAAACAGAUUACUCCCAGUUACCAAUCCCAGGAGCUUAUCCAUCAACUCCUCCCGAGUCCCCUAGCCUCAAGCCCAUCGAUCCUUAUGGCGCAACCACCGAGCAAGCAGAUACUCUGCUUCAAGAGUGGGAACCCAUGGAUAUAGAUAUUCGCGCACAACCUGCACUUCUUACGGAACUUGGUAUACAUCUUCAUCCCAGAUGGCCGUCACGUCCCCCAAUUCCUCCGACCCCCAAGAAGCGCAGUCCAUCGCUCAGUCCAGCCAAAGCCUCUGUGCGUCUUCAAGAUGAUCGCAUGGAUAUUGACGACCCGUGGGUGCAACAAGCGCAAGAAUUCGCAAGAACUGCCCAUGGGCCCGUAUCCGCUGUACGAUUGUUCGAUCCCAUCCCGAAGCCAAUUCCACCCAACCGCCUCGCAUCGUGGUAUGCACCAGCAUUUGAGAAGCGAGAGAAGGAAAGACUAGCUCGAGAGCUUGACGGUCAACGUCCAUCUCGAGUGGUCCCGCGCGGUCAGCCUGUACGCAUGCUUUCACCUGAAUGGCUUGCAAGGGUUCAAAACGCCAUGCAAAGCAAGAAUAACCAGGUCGUUGCCACAUCAUUAUCCGGAGAUGAUAUGUACCAGCGAGAUAUUGCGACUUGUGUUCGUCCGGGGGCCUGGCUCAAUGAUGAAAUAAUCAAUUCCUACCUUAUGUUGAUCAUUCACUACCUUCGGCAAUCGAAUGGAAAUCUUGGACCCAAUGAGCGGCCGCGCUUCCAUUCCUUCAACACCUUUUUCUAUUCGACUCUCCGUGAUAAAGGAUACCAGGGCGUGCGGCGGUGGGCGAGCCGAGCUAAGAUCGGUGGCGAAGGCCUACUCAAUGUUGAUACGGUAUUCGUACCUGUUCACGAGGCGAGUCAUUGGACUCUCAUGCUUGUUCGGCCAGUAGAUCGUACCAUUGAGUACUUUGACUCCUUGGGCGCCCGUGGCGCUCGCCAAGUGAAGACUAUCAAAGAAUGGCUCCGCGGGGAACUUGGGCCGAAAUACAACGAGAAAGAGUGGACCGUGCUUACUUCUGUUUCCUCGCAACAAGACAAUGGAAGCGACUGUGGAGUGUUUCUCCUCACAAAUGCCAAAGCAAUCGCCAUUGGCAUUGAGCCAACAGCCUUUGGCCCGGGUCAGACUCCGCUUCUUCGCCGGAAGAUUGUCGCCGAGCUCAUGAAUGGCGGUCUUAGUGGCGAUUUCAUCCCACAGGACAAAGCAGGUACAUUGCUGCUUUGA